AAGAAUAACUUUCAACUGUAUUGCAAAGAUAUAAGUUCUAUUAUAUUUGUUACUGUUUCAUAUUUUAACAGCUGAGUGUUCGGGGGGCGAAAAUUAAAGAAUAUGUUUAAAACUAAGAAAAUAAAAUGGUAUAUUUAAUUCAGAAUGAGUCUAAACUAAGUAUAUCCCAAAGUGCGGUUGCUGGUGGCUUAGCGAGUGCGGUAACGAGAGCAAUAGCACAACCGCUGGACGUUCUAAAGAUAAGAUUUCAACUGCAGCUCGAACCUAUCCAGGAAGGAUCUAAAUAUAGCUCAAUCACACAAGCUGUUAAAUCAAUCGUGAAGGAUGAAGGAGUAUUGACUUUAUGGAGUGGGCAUGUACCUGCUCAAUUUCUUUCAAUAUCAUAUGGAAUAGCUCAAUUUUCAACAUUUGAAAAGUUAACUCAAAUAUAUCGAAAUAUAGAUUCAGAGUUUUAUAGGAAUUAUAAACAUUCAAUAAAUUUUUCGAAUGGGGCAAUCGCUGCGAGCAUUGCCACUUUAAUUUCAUUUCCAUUCGAUACAGUCAGGACAAGAUUAAUAGCUGAACAGAAAACAAAUAAAGUUUAUAAGGGGUUUAUAAACGCUUUCACAAAUAUUGUUAAAACCGAAGGAUCCGCCGCUUUAUUUAAAGGGUUAGCCCCCACUUUAGCACAAAUAGCACCUCAUGCUGGAAUACAAUUCACAGUUUACAAAUUAUUUACAGAGAGUAUUUUAAGUGGACUGGAAUUCUUUCAAAGAAGAAAAAAUAUUGGGUCAGUCAUAGAAUCUACCCUGAUAGCCAAUUUAUUAGCUGGCGGAAUUGCUGGGUUGAUUUCCAAAACCGCCAUUUAUCCGUUUGAUGUUGUGAAGAAAAGACUCCAAAUACAGGGUUUUCAGCAGCAUAGAGAAUUUUUCGGACGACAAAUGUAUUGUAACGGGACUCUCCAUUGCUUAAAAUUGACUAUUACAAAUGAAGGUUUUUUAGCACUGUACAAAGGGUACGGACCUAGCAUAUUGAAAGCCAUAUUCGUGUCGGCUUUACAUUUUGCUGUUUAUGAUGAAAUUAAAUAUUUUAUAUUAAGAAUACAGAGUUGAUAUUGUAUAUGAAUUAUAAAGUCAAUGUAGUUGUUGUAAUUCAUAGGAAUCUUCAAUAUAAAUCAAUUAAAGGUCUGCCUUAUACUGUUAGCAAUUGCUGUGAUAAAUAACGAUAGGCUUAUCGCUGUUUUAUUAAUAUUAAUUUAUUCUUAACAUAAAAACAUUAAAGGAUGUUUCCUAAAGAAAAAAAAAAAUAGAAAAAUUUACUUUGGUUAAUAUUAUUAUACACUAAUAAUAUUAUUAAUCUAAUAUAUAAUUUAAGAAAGAAAACAUUAGUCAAUUUAUGAAUUAAUAAAUUUAAAGCGUUCUAGACAGCGGUUUUUGUUUAUCAGUUAUUUGGUUUUGAGCUUGAAAAUUUUUUUUAUUAAAAUUAUCCAUAUGCUUGAAGGUUACUUAAAUGUUGUAUGAAUUAAAAAAAAUUGUAAUUUUAAAUUCUGACCGCUUGUGUAUAUGCACCCUUAUCACUGUGUUCACCUUAACACCAAUGUGUUAAUAAAAUAUUCCUUAAUUUUAUAUAUCUAUAUAUUUAUUGGUUCAUAAUUUUUGUGAUUGUAAUUAAAUUAUGAUGUAAAAAUGUAGAUAUAGCAUAAGGACAAAUAAAUGAAAUUAAAAGUA